AUGAGUGAAAGACGAUUGGAACGACUGGUGAAUAAUCAUCUCAGCGGUUUACCGACAUUCCUUACCCCAAAUGGUGGAUUGAACUCGGGAUACAUGAUGGUGCAAGUCUGCGCUGCUGCUCUGGUAUCCGAAAACAAAGUCCUUUGCCAUCCCUCAUCUGUCGACAGUAUUCCCACUAGCUGCAAUCAGGAGGAUCACGUAAGUAUGGGCGGUUUCGCUGCCCGGAAGGCAAUUACCGUAAUCGAGCAUGUCGAAGCAGUGCUGGCAAUGGAACUUAUGGCAGCAUGCCAAGGUCUUGAAUUCCUUAAACCUUUGAUCUCAACGGCUCCACUAAAUAAGGUCUAUCAGCUGGUCAGGACUGUUACCCCGCCCUUGACUGAGGAUCGUUUCAUGCAACCAGAAAUUGAAGCUGUGACACAGUUGUUAAGAGAGAAUAAGGUAUGA